GAAAUGAAUGCUCAUGGACCUUUAACGAGCAACAAUAGCGACGCGGAUGUCGGCGAAGUGAGCUUAGCCGAUAUGAACCCCGAAGACAUUCGUGCGGAACUGAAGAGACUGUACGUCCAAUUAGAAAUUUUUAAGAAUAAAACAAUUAGACUGGAUAAUCCUCAUAUAUCAAAAAGGAGAGGGGGACGAAAGGCACCACAUCGGAGAUUUAGUUUACAGAAAAAAGGAAGUAGAGAAAGGAACUUAUAUGGAAAUAAGCACCGAAUUGCCAAAAAGGAAGAGGAGACGACGGAAGCGGAACCGUCUCGCACACCUGAAGAUUCAGUUUGCAGUAAUGAAGGUCCUAGUGCUAUAUACAAUGAUCUACCUUCAACUUACACAAGCGACAGCAAACCGUGACAUCAGUCAAAACGGCACAAAAGCGUACGUAGGACGCAGAGUCAAGGUAACGCGUAAAUAAAUUCAAAGGCGAGACACACUGACAAAAUAUGUCGUACGAAUAUACUUGAAUGACACUUAACAUCCCAAGGUAGCUGACAAAAUGGCAUUUGUCCAACGUUGCAUAUCACCCUCUUAACCAACCUUGAUAGAACACCAAUAAUUACUCCACAAUACGAAUGUAUAAUAAUAAUAGAUCCAUCCUCUUGAUGUAAGAAGUUUUCUGAACGUAAUAAUCGUAAUUAUACACAUAAGACCAAAAAUUCCUUAGUUAACUGUCGAUAAUGAUGAUUGUUACGUUCCACAAUCCGUUUUAAUCGACUAGUCUCCCCGCACAAAUAAUACGUCCGUAAAGUUGUUAGCCCUUGUUGUAUGCGCUACAAGUUAACCUUUGCACCACUGUAAAAAGUACACACCCAAAAAAAUGUACCGAACUAAAAGUAUGUUCGAAAAAAGAAGUACUGCGCAACCGUUAGCUUGAUAGCUUAAGGGACCACUUUCCAGUAUAUUAGAAAAAAUCAUAAAUCUGGUCCAGUUAAUAUUUAAACAGUUUUGCUUAACGGAAUAGUCGUGUUAUAUUGUGGCAUCAUGUAUAUAUGAUACGAUAAAGAGGCAAAUUUUCAAAGAUCAAUGUUAAUAAUGAUCGUUUGUUUGUUAUUUUAAUUAUUAAGAAUACUAUACAAAUUAAUCGGGCAGAAAACUAAAUCUUGUAACUU